UUUACCCUUAGAUAGGCGGACUAGGUUUAGACUAUAUAUGUUCGGAUGUUCUGCAAAGCAUUGUUGUUUUAACGGAGUUUGAUCUGCAUUGAUAAUGUGUUCUUCUUGGCCCUAAACUGAUUUUUAAUCUUAAGAAAAUGCGUUAUCUGUUUCUGUGCAUUACAACAAGUUUUCGAUUUCUUCUAUUACUUUCUUGCCUCAUGGAGAGUUGACAGUUAAUUUUGUGUAUCAAGUAAUCCUCCUGUAGUUACUGUCAUAUGGAGUACAUCUUUUCCUUUGCUUACAGAGAAUUCCCACAUAUAUGAGGCUGAUGAGGAGCAUGGUUAAAAUCUACUAGUAGGAAGCUAAGGAUUAGCUCAACUUCAAAAUUUCUCCCGGUUAAAACCGGGGUGGUCAGACUGGUGACUGAUGAGAUUAAUACAACUCCAUUAGCUCAGGGUCCCUGAUAAGUUUAAGGCGAACCUGAACUUAGAGUGUGACAGCGACCAAUUAACUACAUGCAUUUAUUUUGUAACUAUAUUACUGUAUAUAAUCUUGCUUUUAAUUCUUACAAUACUUGUCCAUGAUUCAUGAUUGUAUAUAUAUUAAUCUAAAACUUGUAUGUACUGUCAUACAAAUCUCAAGUCAAACUUCUCUUUCUUUUAAUUAUUUAAGAUUAUUUGGGGAAGAACAGAAAGAAGAAUGGAGGUUCAUCUUCCUAAUUUUCCAAAAGAUUUUAAUGCGUCAGAUUUUAUCCCUAAUCUUUACUCUGCAAAAACCAUUUUGGGUAUUUUUGCUGCUGCUUUAAUUGUUGUUUUCUACUUCACAUGGAUUCUCUCAGGGAAAGAGUACAGCAAGGGUGAUUCCAGAUAUUUGUCUCUUGAUUCAACAACAAUAGCUCUUGAAGCAAUUUCAAUAUUCGUAUUUGGUCCAACCAACCUAUUAGCUGCUGGAGAUGUGGAUUCAGUAGUGCCAGUAACAGCUACUAGGUAUUCUCUUGCACAGUUGAAGUUGAAAGUUAAAAUCCCAUGGUAUCCAUGGUAUGUCAAGAAACAGGUUGGAGGAUGGACAGAGGUAUACGAGGGGCUAACAUUUGCGACUGUAAGAGGAGCAGGGCACGAAGUGCCGUUGUUCAAACCAUGCUUUUAUAUAUCCAUGCUUUUAUAGGAUAUCAUUGCGAUCGGAGGGACUGAUACAAAUGUUGUUGUCUUUGAUCGACCUUCUGGACAGAUUGUGUCUACACUAAGUGGUCAUUCAAAGGUUACCAGCAUUAAGAUUGUUCCACAGGAUGAAAGUUCAAUUAUAACCGGAUCUACAGACAAGGCAGGUUAUGCCAUUGUAGGUAUAGGAGCACCAUGGAUAAUUCAUGGAAGAGGGAUCAUUGCAAAUGGUUGUAUCAGCUGAAGAUCAAUGCUCCUGUGUAGUUGUUUCUGUUCUGUUGAUGUUAGCUGUCAGGCUGUGUCUGCUCAGCUUCUGUUGCUGUGAGCUGCUACAGUGUUGUGUCUGCUGUGCUGUGAUGUCGAGUUUUCCUGUGUUGAUGUGAUGUGAUGCGCUGCUGUGUUGGUGUUGAUGUGUGCUUCCUUUUGCAGUGCUGUGAUGCUGGUUUCUGGGGUGCUGUGAUGUUGAGUUGAUGUGCUUGCUCUGCUGCUUUGGUGUUGCGCUGUGUUUUGUUAUUUUUGUAGCCUGUUGAGCUGCUUAGUUUGGGCUGUUUAAUUUAGUUAGAUGUUUGCUGUUUAUAUUGUUCAUUAGAACAGGUUUUUGGAGUAUUAGAAGUAAAUUUCUGUAACUUUAUAUAUAUGUUAGUGUUUAUAUAUCAAUUUAAGUGAAAAAAAU